CCUGUUGCGUGCGCUUGUAAAGAAGAAGAGACAAAAGCACCACCGUAUGUGUUGCUACUAAAAAUACAAAGGGUUUAGGCUUUUAAACAGAUAUUCUUCCUUUUUCAGGUGUUAUAAAAGUAAAACUGUCGCAUUAAUCAAGUGUCAGGGAUAAGUUAAACUCCCACGAGUUACGGGAGUAGAUUGGAUAUGUGUAAAAGCAAGGUUUGGCAUCACUAAUCCUGCCCAGCAUCAUUCACCACGGCGGAGGAAAUCCAACCCCUUGUGUUUAGGGUGGUUAUCUACCUACAGAGGGACAUGUCAGGAGAGAGCUGCCUGCACCAGCUUCAACCACAGACCAGGCCCGUUGUGUCAGUCUCUUCCGGGACUUGUCCCAAGGCCAGGACUUGCACCUACCAUGGCGUAGCUGGAAACAAAUAUGUGCAGCUCAACGUCGGUGGAAAUCUGUACUAUUCCACUCUUCAAGUGCUCACCCAGCAGGACACCCUGCUCAGGUCCAUGUUCAGCGGCAAGAUGGAGGUGCUCACUGAUAAGGAAGGUUGGAUUCUAAUUGAUCGCUGUGGGAAACACUUUGAUUCAAUUCUCAGUUAUCUCCGUGAUAGAUUUGUGACUUUGCCCAAAAGCAGACAAGGUAUCAUGGAGCUUCUGGCAGAGGCCAAGUAUUACCAGAUCCAGGGGUUGAUAGACUUGUGCCAGAGGGCCCUGCAGGAUAAUCAAGAAAAAGCGCUGUGUGUUAUCCCAGUCAUAACAUCUCCUAAAGAGGAGGAAAAACUUCUACAAGGCUGUUUAAGGCCUGUCAUAAAACUGCUCUACAACCGAGGGAACAACAAAUAUUCCUAUACAAGCAACUCGGAUGACAACUUGCUUAAGAAUAUCGAGUUGUUUGAGAAGCUGUCACUUAGCUACAGCGGUCGUGUGCUAUUCUUCAAAGAUGUGAUUGGAGACGAGAUCUGCUGCUGGUCAUUUUACGGUCAGGGCCGAAAGCUGGCAGAAGUCUGCUGCACAUCCAUUGUGUAUGCUACUGAGAAGAAGCAGACAAAGGUUGAGUUUCCAGAGACACGGAUCUACGAGGAGACAUUAAAUGCCUUACUUUAUGAGACUCUUCCGGUCCCAGAUAAUUCUCUGUUGGAGGCCACCCGCAGACGUAACAAUUGUUGCUCGCACAGCGAAGAGGAGGAGGCAGUGGAGCUGAGGGAGCGUGUGCGUCGCAUUCACAUCAAAAGAUACAGUACUUAUGAUGACAGACCACUUGGACAUUAGCCGAAUUGUGAAUGAAGGCUUUUGUUGUGUAUAUAGAGAGAACACUACAUGCACAAAUGACUGAGAACAUAUUUCUAUUUUACAAUUCUUUAACAAUACAAGUUGCCUAUUGGUUUUAUGGAUUCAAGAGUAGGCUUGACAAUCUAUAUUUUAGAUGAAAUACCAGCUUGAGAGAUUUUGUAUUAAUGUACAAAGGUUGAAAUAGCUGUCAGUUAUUAAUUUUAAAUUACCUAAACAUUUUACUCUUUAGUAGUGACUAAAACCAAUCAUAGAAAUUGUACGUUCAUAACAUUGAAUGCCAAGACGAAUCUGUGAAAUAGGUUCUGCCUACCUUAAGGGAAUAUGUUCUACUUUAUAAUCAUGCCUUAUGUCUUUAUGAGUCAUUUAUAUUGUGAUUUAAGAUGAAAUGGUUUAUGAACUAGAUUUGAUGAAAUCAUGCACUGCAGUUUUAAAUUACAAUUGCAAAAUUACUGCAAUUAUGACUGUGCUUUUAAUGCCUACUGAAUGAAAGAAUGAUCUUUACACGUGCUUCUAGGGAAUUUAACAAAUUAUCUUUGUACUUCUAAAACGAUAUUCUUCCAUUUGUGCUACAGGGACAGGAUAUGUUGUUUUUCUCAACUGUUAUUUACUCAGAAAGUGUUUCGCUAUGGGUAGUUUUGAUAUAGUGUCUAUAUAUUUUACUAUUAGAGAUUGUAGACCAAUGAUAAAUUGUGGAACCAACAGCAGACUUUCAGAGUGAUUCCAUUCCUUAUGCCACUACAUUAAAACUGUUACAUUGGCUUUAAAAUAUGAAGUUUAAACUAAAAUGACAUUUGGAUUUGA